AAUAGGAAGGUGCUCGGGUUGGUAUCGUCCGUAAUGGCGGCGGCGAACCAAACGCUCCCGGGGCCUGAGAUCAGUUGCCGGGGCCCACGGACGACAGCCGGCUCUUCGGUGAAGGUUUUAGAAUGUGGUGUUUGUGAAGAUGUUUUCAGUCUGCAAGGUGACAAAGUACCUCGCUUGCUCCUUUGUGGUCAUACGGUCUGCCAUGAUUGUCUCACCCGCCUUCCACUUCAGGGGAGAGCAGUACGUUGUCCAUUUGACCGACAGGUGACUGAACUAGGUGAUUCAGGCAUCUGGGGUCUAAAGAAAAACUUUGCUUUACUGGAACUCCUAGAACGGUUACAGAAUGGCACUGUCAAUCCCCAUGGAGCUUCUGAUGAGGUUCUGACUGUGUCAGGAGAGCAUAUUAUCCGCUGUGAUGAAGAUGAAAACCACGAUGCAUCCAUGUAUUGUACUGUGUGUGCAACUCAUCUUUGUGCAGACUGCUCCCAAUUAACACACUCUACACGGACGUUGGCCAAACAUCGAAGAGUACCUCUGGCUGACAAACCACAUGAGAAGACCAUGUGCUCUCAACACCAAGUGCAUGCAAUUGAAUUUGUUUGUUUAGAAGAAGGAUGUCAAUCAAGUCCCUUGAUGUGCUGUGUAUGCAAGGAAUAUGCCAAGCAUCAAGGACACAAGAAUAUACUCUUAGAAACAGAAGCAGAUCAAAUCCGUGCAUCCAUUUUGGAUAUGGCACACUGCAUUCGCAGUUUUACAGAGGAAAUCUCUGACUAUUCCAGAAAACUAGGUGAGAUUAUUCAGAAAGUUGAAGGAGGAGAACAAAUAGUAGAGAACAGAAUUGGAAUGGCUCACACUGAACAUGUUCCAGGUACUGCUGAGAAUGCACGAUCCUGUGUUAGUGCAUACUUUGCAGAAUUGCAUGAAACACUGUGUCGACAGGAGGAAAUGGCAUUAAGUGUAGUUGAUGCACAUGUGCGAGAGAAGUUGAUAUGGCUAAGACGACAGCAAGAGGACAUGACAAUUUUGCUAUCUCAGGUUUCAACAGCUUGUCUCCACUGUGAAAAAACAUUACAGCAGGAUGAUUGUCGGGUUGUGAUGGCGAAACAGGAGAUUACUUGUUUAUUGGAAACCUUACAGAAGCAACAGCAACAAUUCAGUGAGCUUGCUGACCAUGUCCAAGUGGAUGCCAGUAUCCCUGUAACCUUCACAAAGGAUAACCGUGUUCAUAUUGGACCCAAAAUGGAGAUCCGUGUAGUUACUUUAGGACUGGAUGGAGCAGGCAAAACAACUAUUCUUUUUAAAUUGAAACAGGAUGAGUUUAUGCAGCCUAUUCCUACAAUAGGUUUUAAUGUGGAAACUGUAGAAUAUAAAAAUCUCAAGUUUACAAUCUGGGAUGUAGGAGGCAAACAUAAGCUGAGACCACUCUGGAAGCAUUAUUACCUCAAUACGCAAGCAGUUGUAUUUGUGGUUGAUAGCAGCAACCGAGACCGAUUAAUGGAGGCACACAGUGAAUUGGCCAAGUUGUUGACUGAAAAAGAGUUAAGGGAUGCUUUACUACUUAUCUUUGCCAAUAAGCAGGAUGUGACUGGAGCACUGACAGUAGAAGAAAUUACACAGUUACUCAGUUUGUAUAAACUAGGCUGUGGUCGCAGCUGGCAUAUUCAAGGCUGUGAUGCCCAGAGUGGUUUGGGACUACAUGAAGGAUUAGACUGGCUCUCAAGACAUUUAGUGGCUGCAGGUGUACUGGAUGUAGCUUAAAUUUGCUGCACAAUAGGCUAUGCCUGUACCUGGUUGCUUUGCAUGUAAUGGUAUUAAAUUUGAAGAACAAUAACGCAGUGAGAUACAUGGGCAGAAAGUUUGUAAAACAGAUGUGAAAUGUAUAAACAAUGUGAUUAAGAAAGCAGGUCCUACUAAUUGGAUUUUUGUUGCAUUUGUUUUCUUUUUCCAAGUGCAGUUAAUUUGCUUGUAACUAAGUGGUUCAGUUUGUUGUCUCUAUGCAGCAUUUACUAUUUAAGGAACUGGUUUUGUUUAUAGUGCUGUUAAAGUUUUGAACAAAUGUUUAAUGCUAAUUGUCUUCACUACAUUACCAUAGUAUAUUAUGUAUUAACUAGUUCUGAAACUGAGCUAUAAACAGCCUCUAAUUAUCUGAAACUAUCUAUUACUGUUGAAGACUGUGUGCCUCACAAUGAGCAGCUUGAACAUUAUUGGCUUUGUAACAAGCUUAAUUCACGUUCAUAAUUAAAAGGCAGGUUUGGUAAGUAAA